CGAGUCUUUAGCACCCUCUGCUGGUCGGUACUGAGUAGUGCAGACAAGAUGGCGGCGCCCAUCAGGACUUUGUGCUGUUCAGCCCUGAGACUUUCAGGAAGACAUUUCAGCUCCACAUGUGGAGUACAAGCUGGACAAAAAUGGAGGCUAGAACAUGGACUGGCCAGAAGUGGGUCUGAAUAUGGACCAAUGACAGAUCUGCCUGACUGGUCUUUUGAAGACGGACGUCCAGCACCUCCUCUGAAAGGCCAGAUUAGGAGAAGACAAGAGAAAGAAACGUUAGCGAGGCGCAUCGUGAUGCUGAACUCGGAGGUGGAUCAUGGAGUAGAGGCCUGGAACAAGAAGCAGGAGGAGGCCAGACGAGCGGAGGAGCACAGAAAGUCUCUUUUGCUCAAACCCAAAGGAAAGCUGCUAACGAAGAAAUCCAAGAGUUAGAGAGCCGAUUAUUCAACACUCUUUAAAUAAAUGCUGUCUGUUUUGUUA